GAGGCAAGAUGGCGGCCGGGGUGGCGGAGCAGCAGCCGCGGCGGCGGCGGCCCGAGUGAGCGCCCUGCCCGCCGCGCCCAGCCAGGCUCCCGGCUCCGGCCGCGCGCCGCGGGCCGCGUCCGCGCCUCCGGCCGGGGAGGGGGCACCGGUCCCCGCGCCCCGCCAGCUCCAGGUGGUUUCCUAGAAACAUGGUUAUUUGUUGGACUUGAUCUCACAUCCUGGUGAGGACUUCUCUACUGAUAAUGUCAAGUUCAGGUUAUCCUCCCAACCAAGGAGCAUUCAGCACAGAACAAAGUCGUUAUCCUCCUCACUCUGUUCAGUAUACUUUUCCCAGCAGCCGGCACCAGCAGGAAUUUGCAGUCCCUGAUUAUCGUUCAUCUCAUCUUGAAGUCAGUCAACCACCACAGCUUUUGCAGCAGCAGCAACAACAACUUCGAAGAAGACCUUCGUUACUCUCAGAAUUUCACCCAGGGUCUGAUAGGCCUCAAGAAAGGAGAACUGGAUAUGAACAAUUUCACCCAGGCCCAUCCCCAGUGGAUCAUGAUUCCCUGGAAUCCAAGCGACCACGACUGGAGCAAGUUUCUGAUUCUCAUUUCCAGCGCGUCAGUGCUGCAGUCUUACCAUUAGUGCACACACUGCCAGAAGGGUUGAGGUCUUCUGUUGAUGCCAAGAAGGACCCAGCAUUUGUAGGGAAGCAUGAAGCCCCAUCUUCUCCAGUCUCUGGGCAGCCAUGUGGAGAUGAUCAAAAUGCCUCACCUUCAAAACUUUCAAAGGAAGAGUUAAUACAGAGUAUGGAUCGUGUAGAUCGAGAAAUUGCAAAAGUAGAACAACAGAUCUUUAAGCUGAAAAAGAAACAACAACAGCUUGAAGAAGAAGCAGCUAAACCUCCCGAGCCCGAGAAGCCUGUGUCCCCUCCUCCUGUGGAGCAGAAACACCGCAGUAUUGUCCAAAUUAUUUAUGAUGAAAAUCGGAAAAAAGCAGAAGAAGCUCAUAAAAUAUUUGAAGGUCUUGGCCCAAAAGUUGAAUUGCCACUUUAUAACCAGCCAUCAGAUACCAAGGUGUAUCAUGAGAACAUCAAGACUGGAGUACCUGCAAGGCGCAUGAUGAAAAACCAGGUGAUGAGGAAAAAACUCAUUUUAUUUUUUAAAAGAAGAAAUCAUGCAAGAAAACAAAGGGAACAAAAAAUCUGCCAGCGUUAUGAUCAACUCAUGGAGGCAUGGGAGAAAAAAGUGGACAGAAUAGAAAAUAAUCCUCGAAGGAAAGCUAAAGAAAGCAAAACAAGGGAGUACUAUGAAAAACAGUUUCCAGAAAUUCGAAAACAAAGAGAACAGCAAGAAAGAUUUCAGCGAGUUGGACAGAGGGGAGCUGGUCUUUCAGCCACUAUUGCCAGGAGUGAGCAUGAAAUUUCUGAAAUUAUUGAUGGACUUUCUGAACAGGAGAAUAAUGAAAAACAAAUGCGGCAGCUAUCUGUGAUCCCACCUAUGAUGUUCGAUUCAGAGCAAAGACGCGUCAAGUUCAUUAACAUGAAUGGGCUUAUGGAAGACCCUAUGAAGGUUUACAAAGAUAGACAGUUUAUGAAUGUUUGGACUGACCAUGAAAAGGAGAUCUUUAAGGACAAGUUUAUCCAACAUCCAAAAAAUUUUGGACUGAUAGCAUCUUACUUGGAAAGGAAGAGUGUUCCUGAUUGUGUUUUAUAUUAUUAUUUAACAAAAAAGAAUGAGAAUUAUAAAGCCCUAGUAAGAAGAAAUUAUGGAAAACGCAGAGGAAGAAACCAGCAGCAAAUUGCUCGACCCUCCCAAGAAGAAAAAGUAGAAGAAAAAGAAGAAGAUAAAGUGGAAAAAGCAGAGAAAAAGGAGGAAGAAAAGAAAGAUGAAGAAGAAAAAGAUGAGAAGGAAGAUUCUAAAGAAAAUACCAAGGAAAAGGACAAAACAGAAGGUACCACAGAAGAAACUGAGGAGAGAGAGCAGGCAACACCUCGGGGCCGAAAGACUGCAAAUAGUCAGGGCCGCCGGAAGGGCCGGAUCACUAGAUCCAUGACGAACGAAGCUGCCGCUGCCAGUGCUGCAGCUGCAGCAGCCACUGAGGAGCCCCCACCUCCUCUGCCACCACCACCAGAGCCCAUUUCUACGGAGCCUGUAGAAACUUCUCGAUGGACAGAAGAAGAAAUGGAAGUUGCUAAAAAAGGCCUGGUAGAACAUGGUCGUAAUUGGGCAGCAAUUGCCAAAAUGGUGGGAACCAAAAGUGAAGCUCAGUGUAAAAACUUCUAUUUUAACUAUAAAAGGCGACACAAUCUUGACAAUCUCUUACAGCAGCAUAAACAGAAAGCUUCACGAAAGCCUCGUGAGGAGCGAGAUGUAUCUCAGUGUGAAAGUGUUGCUUCCACUGUUUCUGCUCAGGAAGAUGAAGACAUUGAAGCCUCCAACGAAGAAGAAAAUCCAGAAGAUAGUGAAGGUGCUGAAAAUAGUUCUGAUACAGAAAGUGCUCCUUCUCCUUCACCAGUUGAAGCUGUCAAGCCCAGCGAAGAUAACACUGAAAAUGCUGCUUCUCGAGGAAACACUGAACCUGUAGCUGAGCUCAAAUCUGCUGAAGGUGCACGUGACACAUUGCCCUCCUCAUCAGUUCCAAGUACAAGACCAGCUGAAAAUGAAAGUGUGGAGGCCCAGGCGAGUGACAGCAUCAGUGCUGAGAGGGCUGAGCCGAUGGACAUUGAGCAUCAGGAGCACAGUUCUGAAGUGACUUCCAAUCUGGAUCCCCCCUCAACUUCCAAAGCAGACUCUGUGGAUGUUGAGAUGAGGGUGCCAGAUAACAACCUGUCUAAAGUGGAAGGAGAUACCAAAGAAAGAGACCUGGAAAGAGGCAGUGAGAAGACAGAGCCUGCAGAUGAAGAUUUGGUGGUGGCUCAGCAACUGAAUACCCAGAGGGCUGAACCCCAGUCAGACAAUGAUUCCAGCGCCACUUGCAGUGCUGAUGAAGAUGUAGAUGGAGAGCCAGAGCGACAGAGUUGUAGAAUAUUUCCCAUAGAAUCAAAGCCUUCAAUGCUAAACCCCACUGGAUCCAUAUUGGUCUCAUCCCCAAUAAAACCAAAUCCCCUGGACCUGCCACAACUUCAGCAUCGAGCUGCUGUUAUCCCACCAAUGGUUUCCUGUACCCCUUGUAGUAUACCAAUUGGAACCCCAGUGAGUGGCUACGCCCUCUACCAGAGACACAUUAAAGCAAUGCAUGAGUCGGCACUCCUGGAGGAACAGCGGCAGAGACAAGAACAGAUAGAUUUGGAGUGUAGAAGUUCCACAAGUCCAUGUGGCACUUCUAAGAGUCCAAACAGAGACUGGGAAGGAAAAUCAGUCGCCUAUAUGCCUUAUGCUGAGGUCAAACGUGCUCUAGAACAGGAAGCACAGAUGCACAGUACCGCAGCAAGGUCAGCAUCACCGUGUAGGCUCUCUCCAAGAGAAGUCAGUAAAGCCGCUCCACAACCUGAUUUGAGUGCAGCCCGCUAUAGUGUCCCACCAGUUCUCCAGCCUGCUCCACAUCAAGUGAUAACUAAUCUCCCUGAAGGGGCUCGGCUACCAACCACUCGGCCUACUCGGCCGCCGCCUCCACUUAUCCCAUCAUCCAAAACCACGGGAGCAUCAGAAAAGCCGUCUUUCAUACUGGGAGGCUCCAUCUCACAGGGAACACCUGGCACUUAUUUGACUUCUCAUAAUCAGGCUUCAUAUUCUCAAGAGACAGCUAAGCCUUCCGUGGGCUCAAUCUCUCUUGGACUGCCCCGGCAACAGGAAGCUGCUAAGCCAGCUACUGUGCCAUACAUCAAGCAGGAAGAAUUUUCUCCCCGAAGCCAAAACUCACAGCCUGAAGGUUUAUUGGUCAGAGCCCAACAUGAAGGUGUGGUCAGAGGUACCACAGGCACCAUUCAAGAAGGAAGUAUCACUCGGGGAACUCCAACCAGUAAGAUUUCUGUGGAGAGUAUCCCAUCCCUUCGGGGCUCUAUUACUCAAGGUACCCCAGCUCUGUCGCAAGCUGGCAUACCUACUGAGGCUUUGGUGAAGGGGUCUAUCUCCAGAAUUCCCAUUGAAGAGAGCAGCCCUGAGAAAAGCAGAGAAGAAGCUGCAUCAAAAGGCCAUGUUAUUUAUGAAGGCAAAAGUGGACAUAUCUUAUCAUAUGAUAACAUUAAGAAUGCCCGAGAGGGAACAAGGAGUCCAAGAACAGCUCAUGAAAUCAGUUUGAAAAGAAGCUAUGAGUCAGUGGAAGGAAAUAUAAAGCAAGGAUUAUCAAUGAGGGAGUCUCCUGUAUCAGCACCAUUAGAAGGACUGAUAUGCCGAGCAUUACCCAGAGGGAGCCCUCAUUCUGACCUUAAAGAGCGGACUGUGCUGUCAGGUUCCAUAAUGCAGGGCACACCCAGAGCAACGUCUGACAGCUUUGAAGAUGGCCUUAAGUAUCCCAAACAAAUUAAAAGGGAAAGUCCUCCCAUACGGGCGUUUGAAGGUGCCAUUACCAAAGGAAAACCUUAUGAUGGUAUUACCACUAUCAAAGAAAUGGGGCGUUCUAUUCAUGAGAUUCCCCGACAAGAUAUAUUAACUCAGGAAAGCCGGAAAACUCCAGAAGUGGUCCAGAGCACAAGGCCGAUAAUUGAAGGUUCUAUCUCCCAGGGUACACCAAUAAAAUAUGACAGCAAUUCAAGUCAAUCGGCCAUCAAACAUAAUGUCAAAUCCCUAAUCACGGGGCCCAGCAAACUAUCCCGUGGAAUGCCUCCACUAGAGAUUGUGCCAGAGAAUAUAAAAGUGGUGGAAAGGGGAAAAUAUGAUGAUCCAAAGACAAGUGAGCCAGUGCGUUCCCGACAUACAUCUGUGGUAAGCUCUGGCCCCUCCGUUCUUAGGUCAACACUGCAUGAAGCUCCCAAAGCACAGCUGAGCCCAGGGCUUUAUGAUGAUUCCAGUGCCCGGCGGACUCCCGUGAGUUACCAAAGCACCAUGUCCAGAGGCUCACCCAUGAUGAACAGAACUUCUGAUGUUGCAGUUACUUCCAGUAAGUCUACAAAUCAUGAAAGAAAAUCAACACUGACCCCUACCCAAAGAGAAAGUAUUCCAGCCAAGUCUCCAGUACCGGGGGUGGACCCUGUAGUAAGCCACAGCCCUUUUGACCCCCACCAUCGGGCCAGCACCACAGGAGAGGUCUACCGGAGCCAUCUUCCCACCCAUUUGGACCCAGCUAUGCCAUUUCACAGGGCCCUGGAUCCUGCAGCUGCUGCUUACCUGUUCCAGAGACAGCUUUCGCCAACUCCAGGUUACCCAAGUCAGUAUCAGCUUUAUGCAAUGGAGAACACAAGGCAGACAAUUCUAAAUGAUUAUAUUACCUCACAGCAGAUGCAAGUAAACUUGCGCCCUGACAUGGCUAGAGGACUUUCCCCUCGAGAGCAGCAGCUGGGUCUUCCCUAUCCAGCAACACGGGGAAUCAUUGACCUGACCAAUAUGCCUCCAGCAAUUUUAGUGCCUCAUCCUGGGGGAACAAGUACACCUCCCAUGGACAGAAUCACUUAUAUUCCUGGUACUCAGAUUACUUUCCCUCCCAGGCCAUACAACUCUGCUUCGAUGUCUCCAGGACAUUCAACACAUCUUGCCGCUGCUGCAAGUGCUGAAAGAGAGCGUGAGAGGGAGCGGGAGAAGGAGCGAGAGAGGGAGCGGAUUGCUGCAGUGUCCUCAGACCUCUACCUCCGCUCAGGCUCAGAACAGCCCGGCAGACCUGGCAGUCAUGGUUAUGUGCGCUCCCCAUCUCCUUCAGUAAGAGCCCAAGAGACCAUCCUUCAACAGAGACCCAGUGUUUUUCAGGGAACAAAUGGAACCAGUGUUAUCACACCUUUGGAUCCAAGUGCUCAGCUGCGAAUCAUGCCGCUGCCUGCUGGGGGUCCUCCGAUAAGUCAAAGUCUGCCAACUUCCCGCUACAACACUGCAGCGGAUGCCCUGGCUGCUCUUGUGGAUGCUGCAGCUUCUGCCCCGCAGAUGGAUGUUUCCAAAACAAAAGAGAGUAAGCAUGAAGCUGCCAGGUUAGAAGAAACUUUGAGAAGCAGGUCAGCAGCAGUUAGUGAACAACAGCAGCUAGAUCAGAAAACCAUGGAGGUGGAGAAGAGAUCUGUUCAGUGUCUGUACACCUCUUCAGCCUUUCCAAGUGGCAAGCCCCAGCCUCAUUCUUCAGUAGUUUAUUCUGAGGCUGGGAAAGAUAAAGGGCCUCCUCCAAAAUCCAGAUAUGAGGAAGAGCUAAGGACCCGAGGGAAGACUACCAUUACUGCAGCUAACUUCAUAGACGUGAUCAUCACCCGGCAAAUUGCCUCGGACAAGGAUGCAAGGGAACGUGGCUCUCAAAGUUCAGACUCUUCUAGUAGCUUAUCUUCACACCGGUAUGAAACACCUAGUGAUGCUAUUGAGGUGAUAAGUCCUGCCAGUUCUCCUGCACCACCUCAGGAAAAAUUACAGGCCUACCAGCCAGAGGUUGUUAAGACAAAUCAAGCAGAAAGUGAUGCUACCAGACAGUAUGAAGGACCAUUACAUCACUUUCGACCGCAGCAGGAAUCACCUUCUCCACAACAGCAGCCUCCAUCCUCACAAUCAGAAGGGGUGGGGCAGGUGCCCAGAACCCAUCGGCUAAUUACUCUUGCUGAUCACAUCUGUCAAAUUAUCACACAAGACUUUGCUAGAAAUCAAGUUUCUUCGCAACCUUCCCAGCAGCCUCCUACUUCUACAUUCCAGACUUCGCCAUCUGCUUUAGUGUCGGCACCUGUGAGGACUAAAACAUCAAGUCGUUACAGCCCCGAAUCCCAGUCUCAGUCGGCCCACCUGCCAAGACCCGGGCCACGGGUCUCUCCAGAAAACAUUGCAGACAAGGCCAGAGGAAGGCCUGGAAAAUCCCCAGAAAGGAGCCAUAUCUCUUCAGAACCCUACGAGCCGAUCUCUCCACCCCAGGUUCCAGUCGUGCAUGAGAAACAGGAUAGCAUGCUACUCUUAUCGCAGAGAGGAUCAGAGUCUGCAGAACAGAGGAGUGAUUCCCGCUCACCAGGGAGUAUAAGCUACUUGCCAUCAUUCUUCACCAAGCUUGAAAACACAUCACCCAUGGUUAAAUCAAAAAAGCAGGAGAUUUUUCGUAAGUUGAACUCCUCUGGUGGAGGUGACUCUGAUAUUGCAGCUGCCCAACCAGGAACUGAGAUAUUUAAUCUGCCAGCAGUCACUACCUCAGGCUCAAUUAGCUCUCGAGGUCAUUCUUUUGCUGAUCCUGCCAGCAAUCUCGGUCUAGAAGACAUUAUCAGGAAGGCGCUCAUGGGGAGCUUUGACGAUAAAGUUGAGGAUCAUGGCGUCGUCAUGUCCCAGCCUGUGGGAGUAGUGCCUGGUGCCAACACCUCCGUUGUGACUAGCAGUGAGACGCGAAGAGAAGAAGGGGAUCCCUCACCUCAUUCAGGAGGCAUUUGCAAGCCAAAGGUGAUCAGCAAGUCAAAUAACAGAAAAUCGAAAUCUCCUAUCCCUGGGCAAGGAUUCUUAGGGGCUGAGCGGCCAUCUUCUGUCUCCUCAGUACAUUCAGAAGGGGAUUUCCACAGGCAGACGCCAGGGUGGUCCUGGGAAGAUAGGCCUUCUUCAACAGGUUCCACUCAGUUUCCUUAUAACCCUCUGACUAUGCGGAUGCUCAGCAGCACGCCACCAACACCAAUUGCAUGUACCCCCUCUUCCGGGAACCAAGCAGCUCCUCACCAACAAAACAGAAUCUGGGAGCGAGAGCCGGCCCCACUGCUCUCUGCACAGUAUGAGACGCUGUCGGACAGUGAUGACUGAACUCCAUAAAGAAGGGAUUUGGGUCGGGCCAGUGCACUUGGGAGCUCUAGUUUUGUGGUUUUAUCUUUAAUGGCAGGUCAGACACCUGCCCUUCAAUGACUUGCGCCCAGAGACUUUUCAGGAAAGCCUGGACCAUGGAUGAAGAAAUGAUGGAAAUUUAUUUGAAAUGUCUGAUGGGGGAGGGGGACUGCCUUUGAUACAGGCAAUUCAGUGGAUUAUAAUAGUGGAGGGUUAAAAUGUAGUUUUUAAAAAGUGGACAAUUCCUGUUCUUACAUCUGUUUGUAAAGAAAACCAUAAUGUCUUUAAAUCACUUUUCUGUAAAUAGAUUACCUUUUUUGCAGUGUUUCCCCUUGCUGUAGUAUCUGGUGUACUUAAGUUCAAAUCAGCGCAUUAACUUUGGGGGUAAUUUAAAAAAAAAAAUCUUUCGUCUUUUUAUUCCUUGACUUCUAACAGUCUCACACAGCCCAAUUACAUAAGGUUGGCUGUCAAGGGCAUUGUACUUUUAUCCAGUUUUGUUUCCUGAAUUCAGCUUCCCAGUAAUGUUUAGAAUCUUGUGGAAAUGUUUAGAUUUUUUAUCACAGACCCUGUCAUAAAAUCUGUACAUUAAUGUAUUAGGGUCAAAAAGAGAAAAUUCUGCCAUAUUGUAAGUUUCCAGUGCAGGCUUUAAUUUUUUUUUAAUUAACAGCAUUGAGAAAGAAAAUAUUACUGCAUGGGUAUGUUAUACUUCAGUUUUUAAAGUUUUAAAGGCUUAUUUGAGGCAGACCUCACUGUUAUGCACACUGGUGAUUUAACAUUGCCCCUAAGUAUUCUUUUUCUCCUGCAUUGGAUGCAGCCCAACAAAGCUUUUGUUUUGAAAUAAAUUUGACUACCCUUGUCCACAGAUACAGAAAUUA